AUGUUCCAGCAGUUUAUCAAAGCUGGUGGGGACAAGGAUCAGUUCGUGCGGCGCUUCAUGCUGAAGAAAGUCUCCGAGUCGCCCAACCAGCUCGACGAGGAGGGCGGGUAUUACACCCCGGAAGAAAUGAAGAAGCAGCUGAGCUACUCCCAGACCGACCUGGUCGACAAGAACAUCAAGUACUAUUGGCGCCGCACACGUGUCAAGGGUCUCAAGCGCUUGAGGCAGACACAGAGUGUAGAAGAAACGGCUGAAGCUGAGGGCACUGGACCUAUGAUGGUUUCUGGCCUGGACAAGAAUGCCUGCACCCCUGUUGCCAUGGGCCUGCAAACUGCCAGUGAUGUGGAGAACGCCAAAACCGAGGAGGACAAGCUGCGCAUCCAGCAGCAGGAGCUUCUAUCGGUGCAGGAGAAGUGUUCCAACCUCAUUGAUAAGCUGCCUUCAGUUCCUCCAGAGAAGAAGGACCGUGCCGAAGAGCUUCGAACCAAGCUUGAUGCAAUGUCCAAGAUGGCUGAAAAGCUUUAUGAGAAAAUGGCUGAAAGCCUGGCCAAGCUCCACACGAAGCAGCUGGAUACCACAUCCCUUGAGGGCUCCAAGCUCGUGUUGGAUCUUACAACCGAGGGCAAGAAACUGCCUGGACCUUGGAGUGAAAAGUGCUGCAUGUGGACGGGUCUGGAGCGCACCUGCCGGAUCCAAGAUGUGCAGUCGGCUACACUAAUCAAGUACCUUGCUGCAUCAGAACUAUGUCCAUGGGAUACGACAGAGACUCAGACGGCCAAGUUCAUGGCCGACGCCAUCGGUAGUGGUGUGCUUGGCCCAGCCUUUGCUUCCGGAGUUGCUGCAUUUCUGGCCAAUCUGAUUUGGUGGAGUUGUUACAAGCAGCUGGAGAUGUUCAAGCCUUCGGUCCGUGAUCUACCGCGACUACAGGAGCUAUUGCUCAAAGGCCUCGGCAAGGAUGAUCGUGUGAAGCUCUGCCUGCCACGACCUUUGCUGAGUGCAGGCAAAGCUCUGCUCUCCAUUAGGGAAAGGGUUGCUGGUAUCCUUCGUUUGGGGCCCACUGUCUUCAAGAUCGGCCUUACUGGUGAUCCUAUGUUCCGCUUUUACAAAGUGCCCUCGAGGACAAAUGCAUCAGCAGGCUAUCGUUAUGAUCUAGACCAGUAUGCAGAAAUGCAAGUGCUGUUUGCAGGGGCCACGUGGGAUGAAGCUUCCUUAAUGGAGGCUGUCUUAAUUGCAGAGUUUCAGGGCCGGCCUGGCAAUCGCAAUAUCAAUCCUGGGGGUGAGGGGCGGCAAGUGUUUGACCCGCCAUACUUCACAUACAUUGUGUUCAAGUCGGCCCUGGUUGCACCGAAGCGACAGCGCAUGUAUGCUCAGGGGGGAAAGAGAGGGUCUAUCAUGUCUGAGACAGUGAUGCAGUGA